CUUAUGACCUGAUCCCUAAAUUAAAUUCCCAUCAAUCGUAUGUAAAGCAAAUUAUACAAGCAAUUCCACCAAACAACCGGAUACGGAUUUGCUUUUAUCCAUCCGUUCGAGUACGCACGCACAAAAUUCUCCUCUAUCCUUUACUGGGUUCGCUAAAUUGCUCUGGGGACCGAAAAGACAACUAGGGUUUCUUUUCUUCUGCGGAAUAUAAACCCGAAGACGAUCCCGAACACCAGUUUCCUCCAAUCGAACCAAUUGCAGAAAAGGAGCAUCUGCUUCUUCUCUCUCUGAUCCGAUUCUUCUUCAUCUAUAACAAUUCCUCCCCUCUCCCUCUAUAACUUUCUGAAUACCUGAUCGAUCACACGCUCUAAACGCAGAGAGAGAAUGGGGAGAGGAAAGUUCAAGGGCAAGCCUACCGGUCGACGCCAGUUCUCCACUCCUGAAGAGAUGCUUGCUGGUACGUCGGCUCGUCCUCGCACAUUUAAACAGGCAGAAGCCAAAGAGGAGGAGGAAGAGAGAUCUGAGGAAGAAUCUGGAGAGGAGUCUGAGGAAGAAUCUGAAAAGCGGAAGGGCACCCAAGGUGUUAUUGAGAUUGAGAAUCCUAAUUUGGUGAAGCCAAAGACCUUGAAAGCUAGGGAUGUUGAUAUUGAGAAAACGACUGAACUCUCAAGACGUGAGAGGGAAGAGAUAGAGAAGCAGAAAGCUCAUGAGAGGUACAUGAGGAUGCAAGAACAAGGGAAAACAGAACAAGCAAGGAAAGAUUUAGAUCGGUUGGCGCUUAUACGACAACAAAGGGCUGAGGCUGCCAAAAAACGAGAAGAAGAAAAAGCAGCCAAAGAACAGAAGAAAGUUGAAGCUCGCAAAUGAAUCAUAGUAUGGCUGCCUGGAAAUUUUCUGGCGAAACUUGUGCUCUCUUUGGUAGGGCAAAAAAAAUAUUUGCUCUUUUAGUUGGUUUAUAAUCAAGGACCUUAUUAUGCCGCUGGUGGCAUUUAUGGAAACUGUGACCUUGAAUUAUCUUUUACAGAUGGUAUUUUGAUACUUCUCUCUAGUUAUAACCUCUUAAUCUCAUAUUCGGUAAAUGAGAACAGUACAUGCUUUUAUGUGUAAAAGAAUUCUGCUAAGUAAUGUAUACUUAUUUGAACCA